UCUUCCAUUAAACAUCGUUACCACUUUACCAAACACGGAAACGAAACCCAUUUUCAAUAGAAAAUUCUACGAUGGUUAUGAAGAACGAAACUGCUAAACCUGUCACGGCGGCGGGAAAGGUUGCUGCCGCGGCGAACGAAGUUCAUUACCGGGGAGUGAGGAAGAGGCCGUGGGGUCGUUACGCGGCUGAGAUUCGUGACCCCGGGACGAAAACGCGUGUCUGGUUGGGUACUUUCGAUACGGCGGAGGCGGCAGCGAGAGCAUACGACACCGCAGCUAUCAACUUUCGUGGAUCUAAGGCGAAGAUCAACUUCCCUCCGUCGCUGGAUGGCGUCACCGGUGGGAAUUACAGUCAGAGUAGCACCGUGGAGUCUACUCAUUCCAGCCGGGAGAGUGAGAAUAACACACCGGUGGAACUGGAUCUGAUGAGGUGUCUUGUCGGCGAGGCGUCGUCGGGUGGUGGGUAUCAGUUUUUUGUGAAUGGGAACCAACAGACGGUGGCGUUUGUUCCUCACGCGCAGCCGAUUAUGUUUUUUGGAGUGCAACCCGAGAUGGCAAUGAACCGGGCUCACCAGUACCCGAUCCAUCAAAUGGAGCAGCAUUUUGACGGUGGAUAUGGUGGUAGGGCGGAGAGUGUGUCGGAGUCGUCGUCUGUAGCGGAUUACAUCCCACGUGAUACGAGUUAUUCGAAACGAGAAAUUAACCUCGAUCUGAAUCUAGCUCCUCCGACAGUAGAAGUUUAAUUAUCAUAUGUUUUAAUAUAAUUUUUCCUAUUUAAAAAACAAAAUUGAAAGGGAGAUAUGUGAAUCAAUUUUCUCUUAAAAGUUGAUUAGGUUAUGUCAAAUUUUGUAAUUACUUUGUACAAAUCCUAUUAAAAAGGAUUAGGAUAAAUACUAACAUUUGUGUUUGAGCUAUGGCCAAUUGGUUAAGCUCAUAAA